AUGCACUCUACUCGCGACCAUCAUGAUUCGGCCGAAGCUGAUCCACUCCUUGUUGAGGCACCAGAGCAGGAAUAUGAGCCUCCAUUUCCUGUGCGAGCCUUCAUCGUUAGAGCGUUGGCUCUGCUGUGUGCGUGUUCUUUGAGUGUCGGGAGCCACUAUGCGCAGUAUAUACUCGGUCCUCUCAAAUCCCGCUUGUCAAGAGAAAUGGGAACAGACAACACGGAGUUCUCACUCCUGAUUUCGGCCUUUUCACUCAACAGUACCUGGACACCUCUGGUGGGCGGUAUACUUGCCGGCAGGCUAGGCACGACUUAUACUAGCAUCCUUGCGACGGGAGUUAUUUUCCUGGGACAAACUUUGCUUCUGAUCGGGAACCUUGCCUCUAGUGUCCGUCUCAUGACGUUCGGACUUUUCGUCUUUGGAUUGGGCGUAAGCCCGCUGGCUGUGGUUCAAGAAACGAUCAUAGUGCGCUUUUUCAGGUCUCACGGCCUAGGUGUAUCUCUAGCCCUUGGACUCGUUGCUGGCAAGGGAGCAUCGUUCAUAGCCGCUCGUACUUCCUACCCGCUUUCUGAGAGAUUUGGCCCACAUGCACCCUUCUACAUGUCGACUUUGCUCACUGCAGUCUCAUUCGCAGUAAAUCUAGUUUAUCUCUUCGCUUCCAACUGGCUGGUCCGUGGUGCCAAUGCAGAGCUGGAGCCUUCCGAAUUGCGCGUGGAAGCUCUUAGGCGCAAACAAGCGGGCGCUGUCGAAAGUCUUUCAGAAGCGGAGGCAUUGAAGAAGGUCGCAGAAAAGCGGAAAGUUUCAAUCAGAGACAUGUCGAAGCUUGGCGACGUUUUCUGGGCCUAUAUUGGGCUCAAUGUACUCUGCGGAGCGAUCUGGGCUCCUUUUGCACACCUUGCAGCGAAUAUCAUAGAACGAAGGUUCGCAAUGACCGAACUGGAUGCUAGCACCACAGCGUCCUAUGCACUGUCAGGUAGUGUAAUUCUAUACCCCAUGACCGGUUGCAUCGUGGAUCACGUCAAGAAGCGUGGAAUUGUCGUGCAACUUCUCAUGAUAUCCAGCGCACUUACUCUCUUAUGCUAUCUCUGGCUUGCCCUACCGCCACAGUGGACAAAAACACCGGACCCUGCCAUAGCGUCGUUCGCGAUUGGUCAUGGGUUUUCCCCUUUGCUCCUCGUCGUCAUUGUCCUUCAACUCGUUCCCCACAAGUAUAUUUCAACAACCCUUGGAGCCCACAAGGCACUUGAACAAACUGGAUUUGUGAUCUUCCAAACACUCGCCGGCGUGAUGCUGGACCUCAACAAAAAGAAGGCCGUUGAAUCGGCGGCUUCCGAUCACGGCCACGACGUGCAAUAUCUCCUCAAUGCUUUCCUCGUUGUCAACUUGGCGCAGCUUGCUGGCAUUUUCGGUCUCGCGCACCUCGAACGUCGACAGAAAGAAGCUGCUUUCCGUCGUGCGAAUGCUUUACUGCCUCCUGAUGUGCACUCGAGCGACGAGGAAGAAGCCCAUGACUGGCUCAAGGUAACAGACGAGAACCGAUGCCGGCGAGGGAGCAGAGUAUCUCGCUCAAGGAGUCGAGGUAGUAUAUUCGGCCAGCGAAGCGAUCCGCCGACCUCAAGUUCGGAACAGGUUGUUCCUUUGCGACGAGAUCCCUCCCUUCCACCUUCACAUCACCGCUUGUCCCGUUCACCUAUCAAGAGCUAUUCCAAUGGACCGGUACGUGCUGUACGUACUAAGGUUGAGGUGCGGCGAGGACAGAUAUGCAGCGUGCUCUGUGGGGUGCUUAUAUGCUUUGCGUGGGUGUUGUUCUUGAGCACUGCGUGGUUGAGAUUGCGAUCGAAGGAGGAAAGAGCUAGCACGACCGGGUUUCCAACGACCUCAUGA